AUGUUGUCACUAAAGGCCUCAAGAGCUGAUAACUUCUACUAUGGAAGUGUUGAAGAUGAAGAUUUAAAGAAAAAAAAAGAAAAAGAGUUAAAGAAAAUAAACAAAAAAGAUUAUAACACUAUAAAAUUUGAAAUACCAUAUACUAUAAUAUGUAAAAAUUGUAAUAUAUAUAUUUAUAAAGGAGAAAGAUUUAACAGUGAAAGAAGAAAGGCGGGUUAUUACUUGAGUACUUGUUUUUAUUCCUUUUCUAUUUUUUGUAAAAAAUGUCAAAAUAAAAUUGUUAUAGAGACAAAUCCACAAAAAUGUUCUUAUGAUAUUAUUGAAGGCGCAAGAAAAAAAAAUGAGGACUAUGAAAAUAUUUUAACAGAAGGUGGUAUAAAUAAUAUUAACUAUGUAGAUUUCGAACAAAAUAAAAAGAAAAAAGCCAACCCGUUUAUGAUAUUGGAAAUAAAUGCUCUUAAUAAAAAAAAACAAAACGAGUCAGAAGACCAUUUUAAAAAUGUUGAAAGUGGUGAAAGUGCUGAAAAUGGUGAAAAUAAUGUAUUAAAUGAUGUACUAAAUGAUGUAUUAAAUGAUGGUGGCCAAAUAGAAAAAAACAGCGAAAUGCUAUCUAAAGAAAAUAAUGAUACCCAAUCAGAUGAAGACAUAAAUAAUGUUAUAAAAGAAACUUAUAAAAGAAAUAUUAUGCUUAAAAAUGAUUUUAACUGUAACCGAACUCUAAGAAAACAACUUAGAGAUAUUAAAAAUGAAAAAAUCCAAAAACGAAAAGAAAAUAUUGAGAAAAAUAUUUUUAUAAAUAUUUUAAAGGAUCCAUGUGAAGAUUUAAAAAUUAAAAAGUUUCUUCAUAUGAAAGAAAAGUAUAAGAAAACGAUAAACGAAAAAACGAAAUUAGCAAAAAAUAACUUAAUAAAAAAAAAAAGUAGUAUAUUUGAUAAAAAAUAUUUGAAGAAAUGUAAGAAGAGCUAA